UAUUAUUAAUACUUUCUCAAGCUUAUAUUACAACACCAACUCAUUACACUUUGCUCUUGAAGCUCAAUCAAUAUAAUUAUUUGUCUCUCUUAGUAUUUCUUCUUUAUUACAAUGGCGAACCAAUCAAAUGCUAACCAAGGCAUUCAAAUUGUCAAUUUUCUUAAGCACAAAAAUUACUUCAUAAUCGGAUCAACUGGCUUUACGGGCAAAGUGUUUAUUGAGAAGCUAUUGGCGGGAAGUUCCUGAAGUGCAAAAGACUUACCUCUUGUUAAGAGCCAAAAAUGCGGAAGCUGCAGCGCAAAGAUUGAAAACUGAAAUCAUAGAUUGUGAAGUAUUCAUCCGAUUAAGAAAUGAGCAUGGAGAAAGAUAUGAGGAGUUCAUGAAGGACAAAUUGGUUGCAGUGGUUGGAAAUAUUACUGGUCAUCCUUGCUUAGGUAUGGAUGCUGAUUUGGCUGGUGUCAUUGCGAGUCAAAUUGAUGUGAUUGUAAAUGUUGCUGCCGAUACAAGAUGGCAUGCCAGGUAUGAUGUGCUCCUUGAUGUGAAUGUGAGAGGAGUUUCAAGACUUCUUGCGUUUGCAAUGAAUUGCAAGAAACUCCUACUUCUUUUACAUGUUUCGACGGCUUUUGUCACCCGAAAAGCUGUGGGAGUUGUUCAUGAAAACCCUAUUGUCAUGGAAAAAAGCAAAUUAAGGACAGUAAACUCGAAUUCAGAUGUACCAGCAGAACUAGACAUCAAAGCAGAAUUAAAGAUAGUUGAUGAUUUAUUAGCUUCUGGCAUUCAAGAAUGUAAAUUACCUAGAGAGAUGAUCAAGUUAGGCAUGAGAAGGACCAAACUGCAUGGAUAUGCGAAUGCUUAUAUACUAACGAAGGUUAUGGGAGAGAUGAUAGUAAGCACAAUGGGAGAUAAAUUACCGACGGUCAUUAUCCGUCCGAGUUUCAUUGGAAACAGUCUUCAAGAGCCAUUUGCUGGAUGGAUUGAGAAAUACAGGGGGAUGGACCCAAUAAUCUUAUCGUACGGAGAAGGACAAAUGCAAGGAAUUUUGGCAGAUCCUAAUGGAAUUAUAGAUAUUGUACCGGUUGACAUACUAGCAAAUGCCAUUGUAGUUGCCAUUGCAAACCAUGCGAUUUCAGGCAAACUUGGAGUACAUGUUUACCACCUUGCUUCAUCAAUGGUGAAACCACUCCAACUCCAAACCCUUUUCAAGUAUUGUUGCAAUUACUUUGCAUUGCAUCCAUUCAAAGAUUCGAAAGGUGAUAAAAUCAAAGUUGAAGAGAUGGAUUUCUACGCAUCAUUAGAUGAAUAUAUUUUGGCUGGGAUGAAUUCUAAGCCUUCUAAUGAAAAGCUAUAUAGCCAUAUUGUUCGCAUAGCCGCUAUCUAUGAGCCUAUACUGAUGCUUAGACUAAGGUUCAACAACAUGAAUACUCAAAACUUGUUUGAAGCAAUGUUUUCGGAAGAGAAGAAAAUCUUUAACUUCGAUGUGAAUCGCAUUGAUUGGAAAGAUUAUUUCAUGAACAUCCAAUUACGUGGUCUUACAAAGCACAUUCUCAAAAAGAAGAAUCUUUCUCCAAAACUCUAAGACUAAGUUACGUCAAUUUGCAUUUAUUUUUUUUU